CAGAUAUAAAUACUGGAUAUGUGGGCUGUUGUUACUCUGCACGUCCUGCCAACUUCUGCUAUUACAUGUUAUUUUUGAGCUGUAUAAUGAGGAAGGGGCAGGGCUGCCACGGUUCAUUCAGCUAAACGCAUGAAAUGUGUCAACAAAAAUCAAGCAAACAAGUACUUGAAACUGUCGAAGUAAAAGGACGAAGAGCAUCGAGCAGCCGCAUGGACUCCAGAAACCAGGAGGGCGAUGCUGAGGGGGAAACACCCGCAGGAUACUGUCAGACUUGUCAGCUGGCAGCUGGGCUGGCUGUUGUUAUGGCAACAACAAUCCUCGUCAUUGGACUCCUUCUGUGUUUGGUUUUAUCUGCAGCACCACACGCGGAUCAGAGCUCCGAAACUGAGCUGAUGGAGCGGCUGCAGCAGUGCCAAAAAGAGCUUCGCGAUCUGGACGUGAUGCUCCACGCUGUCGCUCAAGACUCCAGGUGCAGAUUGUGUCCACCUGGCUGGUUGUGGUGGAGGAGUCGCUGCUACUUCUUUUCAGUGGGACAGCAGGAAAAUCGUCAGUGGGCUGCGAGCGCCGAGUUCUGCCAGCAACACAACAGCAGCCUGGCUGUGAUCAAAGACUCUGCAGAGAUGGAGUUUAUCCAGGGUGUGAUGAGAAAGUUCCCUCAGUUUCCCUUCCUGUGGGUGGGCCUGACAGACACCGAGCAGGAGGGUCGGUGGCUGUGGUGGGACGGCUCGGACAUCCAGCACUACCUGCCGCUGACUGUGCAGUGGGAUGCUGAUCACAGGGACUGUGCAGACUUGAGGGGAGGUGGGAGUCUCUUCGCUGCCAGCUGUGAUGCUUAUGGACCCUGGGCUUGUAAAAAAGACUCCUGACAUUCAGCACUCACACACACAUUAUGUAUUUCUUUACAUACAACAAGCUCACCUUUUUUCUUUCUUUCUUUUUUGUUUUUUUACACAAGAUUUGGACAUUUUUACAUUUACAUUAAAUAUUAUAUAUUAUAUUUACAGCAUUCAAAAAGGCAACAGCGUGUUUCCAAAGACCUUUAUUGGAGAGCUUUGCAUUUGUAAACAAACAUAUAGUUCGAGUUGUGGUGUAGUAAUGAAGAUUAUUCUCCCGGACUGUGAAAUAUUUGUCUGAAGUGUAAUGUAGCAGUAGAAAGAAAACCCUGUAUGUGAAUGUGAAAGGGCAUUUUAAAGUACAUGUAUGUAGAAGCAGAAAGUGUACACAAAGAUAUGUGUUGUAUAGCUGUUAGCUUAAUUUUUGGCCAGAAUCCACCAACCUUAUUCUUUAAAAUUGCAAUUUUUUAAAAUAAAUAUCUUUAUAUUUA